CCCCUCAUGUGCACCUUCAGCUGCAGCCCAGCCUAUAUACACAGCCCCACACACCCACACCGUCUCCCCCUCCAAACCCAUCACCCAUCUUCUCCCUCCUCCCGAUCGCCUCCACUGCACUUUCUUGCAUCGCCAUUGCAUUCCAUCUAGUUCAGUACACUGGUCUUGUCGUUCGUCGCAUGCGUCUUUCUCCGUUCCCCUAAUCCUAGCAAGAGAGAAAGGCGUAGAGAGAGAGAGAGAGACUGUUCUUGUGAGAGAGCUGGACACCACCUCCGCACCCAUUACGCCUUAGCCGAACCUCGAGAAAAACCUGUAAAGCAUGUAGCUCCAGUCCCUGUCCAAACUCCAAAUCCCAGGAAAAAACACACAAAAAAAAAAGCCACUUCCAAGCUCUCCGUAAGCAUCGGCGUUGCCAAGCGAGGUGUAAGUUGGUAGGCUGGAUACACCCCCACUGAUUCCUUAGCAGAAAAUCAACAAAAAACUCCAGAUCAUGUAAGUUUCGCCACAAUCUUUGCUUUGGUUGCCACCAAGCUGAAAAAAGAACAAAAAAAAGUAGGAUAGAAAUCCAGCAUGUAUCUUUAGCAGUAGCCAUCAGUCGUGGUCUAACGAUCCUGGAGCUAAUCCGGCCAGUAUCGUAGUAUUACCUCUGCAAAAACCAUCAAAUCAUGUAAUUAGCACCCCAACCCCUAUUUCUGGUGCACUGCCAUUCAUCCCAAAAAAAAAAAAACUAAAAAAAAAGAGUGUGAGUGAGAGAGAGGAAGCAACUAGCAGCAAGAGAGUGAUGGAGCCGGGGUUGACGCCGCCGAACGGGUCGGUGCCGGCGACCCCGGGGACGCCGGCGCCGCUGUUCGCGGGGCCGCGGGUGGACUCGCUGUCGUACGAGCGCAACUCGAUGCCGACGUGCAAGUGCCUGCCGGCGGUGGAGGGGUGGGGGGUGGCGACGCACACCUGCGUCGUCGAGAUCCCCGCGCCGGACGUUUCGCUCACCCGCAAGCUUGGCGCGGAGUUCGUGGGCACGUUCAUCCUCAUUUUCUUCGCGACGGCGGCGCCGAUCGUGAACCAGAAGUACGGCGGCGCGAUCACGCCCUUCGGGAACGCGGCGUGCGCGGGGCUCGCCGUGAUGAUCAUCAUCCUGUCGACGGGCCACAUCUCCGGCGCGCACCUGAACCCGUCUCUGACCAUCGCGUUCGCGGCGCUGCGCCACUUCCCCUGGCUCCAGGUGCCCGCGUACGUGUUCGUCCAGGUGCUGGCCUCCAUCUGCGCCAGCUUCGCGCUCAAGGGCGUCUUCCACCCGUUCCUCUCCGGCGGCGUCACCGUCCCCGACGUGACCAUCUCCACCGCCCAGGCGUUCUUCACCGAGUUCAUCAUCUCCUUCAACCUCCUCUUCGUCGUCACGGCCGUCGCCACCGACACCCGCGCCUUGGGUGAGCUCGCCGGGAUCGCGGUGGGAGCGGCCGUGACGCUGAACAUCCUCAUCGCCGGGCCGACGACGGGCGGGUCGAUGAACCCGGUGAGGACACUGGGUCCAGCGGUGGCGGCGGGGAACUACCGGCAGCUGUGGAUCUACCUGCUGGCGCCGACGCUCGGCGCGGUGGCCGGCGCCGGCGUGUACACGGCGGUCAAGCUCCGGGACGAGAAUGGCGAGACCCCGCGCACGCAGCGCAGCUUCCGCCGCUGAUAGAUGCACGCACGCACGCACGCGGACAUCGUCCGUCCGUGUCAGGGUGUCCUCCACGGCCACGUCGCGUCCGUGUAUUCGUGCCGUGCAGCGUCGUGUCAGGUUGGAAUGUAACAAUAAGCCUCGUCUUGCUUCGUCCAAAACGGGGUCGAAUCCAUUGUGUGGUCGUGUCAUGGAUUCUCUCAGUCGUCGGAGUCGUCGUGUGUCAAAACUUUUAAUUCGUGGGGUCUGAUCGAUGAUCGUGUCAGAAUAAAAGCCACACCAGUGCGCCGGCUGACGGGCAUCUGGCUGUGAGGAUUGCAAAGACUUGCUGCGUAAUCAAACUACACCAUUCAUCAAG